UAGAGUGUUCAGCCCAUUUGCUUUAAGUCGGUUUACAAAACGAACGCACUCCACCUAGCACGUCCGUUGUUGCAAAGGACGUGUUGUCGGUAUAUGUAUGCGUUAUUCCUUAAUAUCUCACCUUCCGAGUUUUUCCAGGGCUCUGUGGAAGUGUUUGUUGGGACACAGCUUGUGUCUGCCCGUUAGUCAGGAUGUUUCACAGGAGUAAAACCAUAAAAGAUUUGUUGAACAUUGUCCCGGGGAAACGUCGCCUCGGAGCGUACAGGUUCCUUCCUAUCUUCUUCUGCAUCGGAGGAAUCAUGGAGUGGAUCAUGAUCAACGUGAGGAUAGGACGAGAGACUUUCUAUGAUGUCUACAGAAGGAAACAAUCAGAACGAGAGUACCAGCGGAAGAUAGAAGAUGGAUUGAUAGUUCUCAAUGAGCCUGCAGCCAAGUGAAUGAUGGUGACUGGAUUAAAUGAGGACUUGACACGUCAUCUAAAGACACCACGGGACACCCAUGCAAUUAUGAACAUUACUGAAGAAUCAAGAGUGAAAAGCUGAUGGAGAAAUGACUUCCAACAUGCAGGUUUUAUUAUUUAUAUAGUCUCCAGUUGAAGAAACAUUUGCAGCACUGCAGUAUAAUGCAGCUGGUAGGAGAAAUAGUUUCAGAAGGCUGGAAAUAAUCACAACAAAGGCUUUGUUCAAAACCAUACCAAGAUCACAUUGUUCAUAUAUAAAAACAUCACAGAGCACCUGUUAGGAAAGCCAUCUUUGCCAUAAAGUAACUAAAAUGACAAAAUCUUAUUUUUAUUUUUGCAGAGAUGUGCUAUAUACAGGCAGAUAUUGCUGUUAACUAAACACUGUUUCUUCUUGUUGAUGUUGUAAAAGAUGAUUUCUAUUAUGAAAGUAUUCAACUAUACAGUAUAUUUAUCUGUAUAAAAAUGUUGCUUGA